CCAAAUUUUGGAAUCUGAACGUCGAGCCUGAACCGCAUCGACGCAGCGCAAACACAGUCACCCAGCUUUUCUCGUAAAGUCUUCGGAUAAUUCAUAUACACGAUGCCAGAUCGUCAAUUCAACCUCACUGUCCUAAUCUCAGGCAAUGGCUCAAACCUCCAAGCCCUCAUUGACGCAUGUGCAUCCGGCGCCCUCCCUAACACGCGCAUAACACAUGUUAUAUCAAAUCGCAAAGCAGCAUACGGUCUCGAACGCGCCGACAAAGCCUCGAUACCAACAACCUAUCACAAUCUCGUUUCCUACAAAAAGAAACACACAGACGACAAGGCCCGCGAGAAGUACGACGGCGAUCUUGCAAAAAUCAUUCUACAUGGGCAACACCCACGCCCUGACCUUAUCGUUUGCGCAGGUUGGAUGCACAUCGUCACCACUGCCUUCCUUUCACCCAUUGCCGAAGCCGGUAUCAAGAUAAUAAACCUACAUCCCGCUCUGCCGGGGGAGUUUGCUGGUGCGAAAGCAAUCGAGCGUGCGUGGACGGCGGGUAAAGAGGACAGGUUGAAGAGAACUGGCGUUAUGAUACAUGAGGUCAUUGCGGAAGUUGAUGCUGGAGACGCGAUCGUUACACAAGAGGUAGAAUUGAAAGAGGGAGAGACACUGGAUGGUCUAGAGGAGAGGAUUCAUGCGGUUGAGCACGGGUUGAUUGUUGAGGGAACAAGAAGGGUGCUUGGGGGUUUGGGGAACAAAUCAUGAGGAGGAAUGGUCGUGGGUGCGAUGAGUCAAAGAUAGGAUGUUAUGAUACCCAAAAUGGAUGAUAUGGACACAUGUGUGAGCCAGGUGUGAUGGGUUUUAUGCAUGAGGACUUAUGCAAUAGAAAUCAAAGGAUUAUCGUGCGAGAUUUUAGGAGU